AUUAACAGAGUGAGAGAGAUAUGAUCGAGUGUGGAGAAGUCUUUGGUGGACAUACAACGGCGACGUUUUGUUUGUUUAUUGAGAAACGAAGAAGACCAAACAAGCUCUAUCUCCCACAAAACAGAGUCUCUCUCUCGGUUCACGUAUCUCUUGGAGCCUUAGCAGAAAUAUACCAUCUUCAAAGAGAGAAGAUGGGGAGUACUACGUUGGAUGUAUCGAGAGCAGAGCUUGGUCUAGUAGUUAUGUAUCUGAACAAAGCAGAGGCAAGGGAUAAGUUAUGCAGAGCUAUACAGUAUGGUUCCAAGUUCUUGAGCGGUGGACAGCCUGGUACUGCUCAAAGCGUUGAUAAAUCCACUAGCUUAGCUAGAAAAGUCUUUCGUCUUUUCAAGUUUGUUAAUGAUCUGCAUGGUCUUAUCAGUCCUGUCCCUAAAGGAACUCCGCUUCCUCUCGUUUUACUUGGAAAGUCCAAGAACGCACUUUUGUCUACAUUCUUGUUUUUGGAUCAAAUUGUCUGGCUUGGGAGAUCAGGAAUCUACAAGAACAAGGAGCGAGCUGAGUUACUUGGGCGUAUAUCGCUUUUCUGCUGGAUGGGAUCUUCUGUCUGUACAACUUUAGUCGAGCUUGGUGAGAUUGGAAGGCUAUCUUCAUCCAUGAAGAAGAUCGAAAAGGGGCUUAAGAAUGGCAACAAUAUGUAUCAAGAUGGGGAGUAUUGUGCUAAGCUUAAACAGUCAAACGAGAGGAGUCUUGCUUUGAUCAAAGCAGCAAUGGACAUUGUUGUAGCUGCUGGUCUUCUUCAGUUAUAUCCAAAGAAGAUCACUCCUCGUGUCACCGGAGCUUUUGGGUUCAUCACCUCCCUCAUUUCUUGCUACCAGUUGCUUCCGUCACGACCCAAGAUCAAGGCGCCUUGAAAAGCUUGUGGAAGAGAGCUGGCGUUCAGGAGAAAGUCAUUUCAGAAUGUUUCUGUUGGUUCUUUCGAGUAAUGUGCUCCUCUUAUAAGUCCUUGUAUAAAAAUCAAACUUAGUUGUGCACGUUUCCAUGUAUCUGAAAUCAUCAUUGGUCUGAUUCUAAAACUUCAUUCGUUGACAUGGCUUUCAGUCAAUGAUCCCACGUCUUGUCAUGUGAGUGUGAAGUUCUAGCAUAGGUUACAUGUCUACAACGUAUUGAAUAUAUAUCACUUUGUAAUUGCAUGUAACUAACAGUUUUCAUAUUACAUCAAUAUUUUAUUGAAUA